AGUGAACCAAACAAUCUCCGACAGUGCAAAUCAGAUCGUGCAAACCUUCACAGACAUAAAAUAUUGCUUCGGAAGCAAUGACAGCUACCAACAUUUCAUUUCUGCUACUUCUCUUAAUACUUGCCGUUCGUUCGCAUCAACGCACUGUUCAGGGUGAGCAAGAGUGUACAUUAGUAACGCAUGAACGUGAAUCGAAAGGAGUUCUGGUCGCCGCCGAUCAAUGUAUCACAUUUCGGGAGCAACCAGAAAACAAAGACUUGCACCCUACGCACCCCGUCUGCUGUGCCGUGUUUCGAAGUGAUCCAACCUGUGGACGACUAUCGCAGUAUGCCGACGAAUUUAGCUUCGAUAGCCGCGAAACGCAACUGGAUCAGUUUCCGUGGGCAGCGAUGGUGCUACUACGCCGGGUUCAGAAGCUUGUGUGCAGCGGUUCACUGAUCGCUAGCCGGUUCGUUCUGUCGGCGGCUCAUUGCUUUGUGGAUGUGCGCGGUACGAGUAAACCAGCAACCGAUUACCGGGUACGGUUAGGUGAUUGGGAUCUUGAGCUCGACGAGGAUUGCCUGUACGUGCGCGGUCAGCUCGUUUGCAAUGAACAGCAGCCGGUGGAUUAUGCUGUCGAGCGGAUCAUUAGUCAUGGGGACUUUCAACGACAGCGGAGGGACUUUUUGCACGACAUUGCACUGCUCAAGCUUGCCGAAGCGGUAGAGUACGGUGCACAGAUAGGACCUGCUUGUUUACCAAACUGGAACGUUGGAGUUCCGCUGAUUGCUGGUCAGAAAUUUACUGUCUUCGGUUGGGGACGAACGCGGUCCUAUUCGGGGGUAAGGCGCAAGUACAAAAUUGAGAUGCCGGGCAGGAAUAUAAGUGCGUGCGUAAGGGCUUACGGGUUGCGUGCGCCGGAGGUGCCUCGGAUACAUCUGUGCGUUGGAGGAGUGUACAGAAAAGACGUGUGCCAUGGUGACUCAGGGGGUGCUCUGAUGCGAAGGGAAUCGAAUCGAUGGGUGCAGGAAGGCAUUGUAAGCUUUGGAGCGUAUCGCUGUGGAAAGCCAUUGCCUGGCGUGUAUACAAAUGUCGCUCACUACAUUGAUUGGAUUCAGUGGGCCAUAGAUGUCUCUUCAAGUUAGGUCUUGUUUUAGUAUGUUUUAGUAGUCUUGUGUAUAACAUAUCGUUUAGACCUUCUAAAUAGAUCUCUCCAAGCUAGAGCGCAUAAUUUAUGUUGUUUU